CCUUUCCCUGUAAAUAUGCACUCGACAAGCCACUGCUGAAGAGCCACCACCCUCCAAAACCCUUUGGAAAAGGAAAAGAUUGAGCAGAUUUUAACAUUUCAAGCUCUUCAUCAAAUGGACAGGGUUGCGGUCGUAACGGGUGCCAAUAAAGGGAUCGGAUUAGAGAUAUGCAAGCAACUAGCUUCCAAUGGAGUCUUUGUUGUAUUGACCGCUAGAGAUGUUAACAGAGGGAAUGAGGCUAUCAAGACGCUCGCGAGUAUUGGGAUCUCCAACGUGGUCUUUCAUCCGCUCGACGUGGUAGACAGGACCAGCGUCAAUUCGCUGGCGGAUUUUGUCAAGGCUCGGUUCGGAAAACUCGAUAUUCUGGUGAAUAAUGCAGGCGUAACCGGAGCUACAGUCAUGAAAAAAGACUUGGUCUUGACAGAAGAUAAUAUUACAGGUCCGCAGGCCAAAUCGACAAAAGAGUUCAUUGAGGAGACCUAUGAAUUAGCAGAAAAAUGUCUGAGGACUAACUACUAUGGAGUCAAACAAGUAACUUCUGCUCUUCUACCUCUUCUUCAACAAUCAAAUUCGGCAAAAGUAGUCAAUGUCUCCUCUUCCCUUGGCCAGCUUCAGUUCAUCCCUGGCGAGAAUAUCAAAGAGGAGCUCAAUGACGUCGAUAGCCUCACGGAAGAGAAAGUGGACGGUUUGGUAGUGAGAUUUCUGGAGGAUAUGAAGGAGGAUAGGUUGGAAACUGGAGGCUGGCCGAUCAUUUAUUCCGCUUACAUCGUCUCCAAGGCAACUCUCAAUGCUUACACUAGAGUUUUGGCAAAGAAAUACCCCGAUAUCACCAUCAAUGCCGUGACCCCCGGUUUUGUCAAGACCAACCUAAACCACAACUCGGGGAUUUUGCCAGUUGAGGAAGGUGCGAGAGGCCCCGUUAUGGUGGCUUUAAUGCCGAAAGAAGGACCUUCCGGCUUGUUCUUUGAUCGGACGGUAGUGUCGGUUGCGGUCGUUACGGGUGCGAAUAAAGGGAUCGGAUUCGAGAUAUGCAAGCAACUAGCUUCGAAUGGAGUCUUUGUUGUAUUGACCGCAAGAGAUGUGAAUAGAGGGAAUGAGGCUAUCGAGAAGCUCGCGAGUAGUGGGAUCUCCAACGUGGUCUUUCAUCCGCUUGACGUGGUAGACGGGACCAGCAUUCAUUCUCUGGCGGAUUUCGUCAAGGCUCGGUUCGGAAAACUCGAUAUUUUGGUGAAUAAUGCAGGCGUAGCCGGAGCAGUCAUGAAUAAAGACUUGGUUUUGACAAGAGAUAAAAUUACAGGUCCGCAAGCCAAAUCAUCGAAAGAGUUCAUUGAGGAGACCUAUGAAUUAGCAGAAAAAUGUCUGAGGACUAACUACUAUGGAAUCAAACAAGUAACUGCUGCUCUUCUACCUCUUCUUCAACAGUCAAAUUCGGCAAAAGUAGUCAAUGUCUCCUCUGGCCUUGGCCAGCUUCAGUACAUCCCUGGAGAGAAUAUCAAAGAGCAGUUCAAUGACAUCGAUAGCCUCACGGAAGAGAAAGUGGACGGCUUGGUAGUGAGAUUUCUAGAGGAUAUGAAGGAGGAUAGGUUGGAAACUGGAGGCUGGCCGAUCAUUGUAUCCUCUUACAUCGUCUCCAAGGCAACUCUCAAUGCUUACACAAGAGUUUUGGCACAGAAAUACCCCGGUAUAGCCAUAAAUGCCGUUCACCCCGGUUUCGUCAAGACCGACCUAAACCACAACACGGGGUUUUUGCCAGUUGAGGAAGGCGCGAGAGGCCCCGUUAUGUUGGCUUUAAUGCCGAAAGAAGGACCUUCCGGCUUGUUCUUUGAUCGGACGGUAGUGUCGACCUUUUGAUCAAGAUUUGGAUGAGUAGUGCAGAGAGGCUAUGUCCGUUUAAACCCAAAAGCUAUGUUCUAUUGUAUUUUUCGUUCUGUUUAUUGGUAGGAGCUUCUAAAACCGCAUUAUAGUUAUUGCACUGAGAUUGGAGAGAGUGAAGAUGUCAAAGAGUGGGGGAGAACGAGAAGGAGAGCAAAUGUGAGCUAUGCUGGUACGAGUUUUGGAAUGAUUUAGCACUAUACAAGAUGAAAUGAUUCAAUUUGGGUCUAA